AUGGAGUAUCAGAGGAAGAAGAAACUGACCAACUUCACCAUUGGGCUCCUCUUCCUCUCGGGAGGGAUUGAGUACGCGGUGAUUCUGCCCACGAUCUGGGCCUACCUGCAGACGCUCCAUGCUGAGCCGUACUUCCUGGGCCUGGGCAUCUCUGCCUUCAGCCUCACCGGCCUGCUCACGGGGCCCCUCUUCGGGCACUGGUCUGACCGGAGCCAGCGCACCAAAGCCAUCAUCCUCUUCGCCAACGUGUUCGAGAUAGUGGGGAAUUUCAUGUACUUUAUGGGCGUCUCCAAGUGGCUCCUCCUUGGCAGCCGGCUGGUGGCAGGUGUUGGGACGGGAGCGGGUGCCUCCAUCUUUGGCUAUCUCACCCGCUCCACCACCUCGCAGGAGCGCGCCACGGUGUUUGCUGCCGUGAUGGCGUGCCGGCAGGUCGGGCUGCUGAUCGGACCCGCCUGUAACCUCUUCCUGCGGCUCUGUAACUUCCGGCUGGGGCCCUUUGAGGUCAACAAGUUCACCUCCCCGGGGCUCUUCAUGUGCCUGCUCUGGAUCCUGCUCCAGUUUGUGGUGGCGGCGAUGUACUACGACCUGCAGCCCGGGCCCCACCCGCAGCGAGCGGCGCUGGCAGCGCAGCAGGAGGAGGAGCGGGAGCCCUUGGUGCAGCACGACGCUGGCCAGGAGGAGCCCGCUGAGCACCGGAGCUAUGGCGGCACCGUCCAGCGGGUGCCCGCCGAGCCCCCCGUGGGGGACGAGUCCCGCUACGUGCCCAACGGGCACCUGGCCGAGGAGGAGGGCAGAGUAAAGGAGAAGAGCCCGUUUCAGAACUUCAGCGCCAUGCGAGAGUACCUGCGGGAGGAAGUGGUGGUUCUGCUCACUGCCCAGUUCAUCACCCUCUUCAACCAAACAGCCCUGGAGACCAUGGUGACUCCCAUCACCCAGCGCUACCUGAGCUUCGGGGAGCUCGAGAACAGCAUCAUGUACUUCCUGUGUGGCAUCGAGGUGAUCUGCGGCUUCUUCCUGGUGCGCUGCCUCAGCCGCCGCCUCCCCGACCGCGUGAUCCUGGUGCUCGGGCUGGUCAUCUGCAACGUGGCUUGUGUCUGGUGCCUGCUCUUCCUGGCAAGGCCCCAAGGGAGCUUUCCCGUCCUGCUGUCCGAGCUGGUGGUCGGCGUGUUCCUGCAGGUGCUGGGGCUCCCCUUCGUGGCUGUCUCCCAGGUCUCGCUCUUCUCCAAGGUCACAGCAGAGAGAACACAAGGUUUCAGCCACGGCCUGCGACGGUCAGUGGGGGGAAUCGCCACCAUUCUGGGGCCCCUGUGGGCUGGAGGCCUGACCGAAAACCUCUACAUCAUGCUGGGGGUGAUGAUGGGCCUGCUGAGCCUGCUGAUGGUCAUGGUUGGGCUCUCGUACUCUUACCUGGUGGAGCCGCCCAGGAGCUACGUGCCGGGACCGUCCCCGGAGGAGCGGCACUCGUGA